AUGCUUGUAUUAUGUAUUCAGACGACGCUGCAGUCUGAAUUAAACAAGUCUAAGCAAGGCGAAGACUUUACGCGAGAAAUUGAAGACAUCAACAGCAACUCCAGUGACACAGACGGAUCUGAUGGUGAUGAUUCAGAUUCAAAUGAUGAUGCAGACUUAUUGCGGAUUCGCGAUGCAAUUGUCGCCCCUGCUGCUAACGCAUCAACUCAAGAUCUUCGCAAAGCACUUGAACUUGCGCAAAGACUUCUUCUGGACAUGCGCGGGAAGUACCGAGAGGCUUUGAAGAAGAACGCUUUGCUUGAGCAACAAAUCGACCUCUCGAGCAAGGAGCGGUGGCUCUCACCGUUAUCGAUUCAGGAUGGCGUUAAAGCCGAAAUUUUCCAAUUCAUUCCCCCAGUCGACCACAAUAUGAUGGCUCACAAAAACUUUGGCUCCCAUUUUGUGAAAGGUGUCAAUAAUGUUCGCGCUGAAAUGCUCUCAGACAUCAAGUCAUGUGCAGCAGCGAUUUUCAGUCUGGAUGCCAAGUUCUUCAUAAGAGGUUACGCACGGGACACAGAGCCAGCUUGCCGAACUCUGCUCCUCAACCCCCAAGGCAUAUAUACCAAGUUUGCUCCAGUUCUUUUCCCGCGUCCAGACCGUCUCGCCAGAGAUGAUUUUCUGAAAACAUCGAAGCUUGUUUAUGUCUUGAAAGCAUCCCUUUUUGGCCGAUCUUCACUCGCUGCCAACGCAGUCCCCACUCCAAAAACGAAGGCCAAAAUAUGGGAGUUACGCGCUGUAACACCUGGCCUCAUCGCAGCAGCAGCCGUUAUUUUUCAGGCUAUAUUUGUCCUAUCCGGCGACAAAGAGUUGGUUGAAGUCGGCGACAAAUCCCGGAUUCCAUACAAAGACUACCAUAACUACUACCGACAAUCGCUGCUAACCGGAGGUGCCUGGGCAAACGGGGUCUUCACGUUUUUCAACAACGCGCUGUUUGCGACAUCUCAUUCUGCCUCAACUAUCCUCGGUUCAGACCCCUCACACGACUCGAGCGGUCCACAGGACAGCUGGGAAGAAAUGUUUGAGCACGCAAUGGAAACCGGAGGCGAACUACCAGAACUAGAUGCAGUUGGCCCUGUCAUCGAUUCAGAGGCGCCCACCACACCUCCUGCUGCACCUCCUGCUGCACCCCCCGCUGCACCUCCCGCUGCACCUCCUGCCACACCUCCUGCUGCACCUCCUGCUAUACCCGGUCCCCAAUCAAUCUCUGCCGCCAUGCAAGGUUUAGCUUUAGCUGAGGACGGUCGUCGAGACCCACCACCUGCAGCGCAGCCAGUACUUGAUGAGGACGAGCUGGAACCACCUGCUGUCCAGAAGCCGAAGCCAAGGCCAAAGCCAAAGCGGAAGGGCAAGGCCGCCAAUGAUACUAAUACUACUACCAGUGCUGACCCGGAGGAUCAAGCUCCUGGAAAGGAACCUGAGGUUUUGUUGUCAGUAGUCAGUGGCAGUGUACCAAACAAUAACCGAACUUGGAAUGUUUUGGAAUCACUCUCAUUCACUUACAUUCCGACUACCAUGUCCCAAUGGAUUCCCUUCGCCACUGUCACUCAGCAAUCUUCUCAACAGAAUGGCGCAUUGCCCCCAAUGCCUUCGACAUCACAACCUAUUCCACCUGCGCAGCCGACGAAUUUCCCUGAAGCAACAUGUAUCAGUGGAUGCGCUGGCAGCCGCGAGCUCUGGUAUGAAUUCGGUAUCGACAUUAUCGGUGAAGACAACAAGACCACCAUCCACCACAAAGUCGCUGCCCACGUAGAGGCCAUCCCAACAUCCGCCUCUCUUCCUCCCAACAUCCAGGCGAACUCCAGAAGAGCCAUGACACUGGCGCAGAACUGCACUCCCUGAGCUCUUCAAUGAAUGACAUUCACGACACGCUCAGUGGCUCGGUCCCAAAACCUACCACACUUCCCCCAAUUGCUCCCUCCCAUGCGUUCACAACAAGCCUCGACCACCUC